CCUCUCUCUCUAGAAUGAAAGUACUGACACCCAGCGCUUCAAACUUCAGCUCCACAACCGCAAGCAUCCAUGGAAACCCAGAAAUUUCACACUUCCACCAACCCAUCUCACUUUCUUCACUCUCUUCACACUAGCACUAGAUCCAUCUUCGCUCUUCUGUCUUCCUUCCUCCUCCUCGUCCUCGCUUAUAAUGGCGCCGCAGUUUUCUGCCUGCAUGUCCCCUUUCUGGCCCAAAUUUCGCCGGGAAAAGCUGCCGGAGAAUCUAGGAAAUCGCCGUCUUCUUCCACGCCGAAGACCCAGCUGCCCACCUCGCAGAAAUCACAGAAUUUUCUGCCGGAUAGAGUCGCCGGGAAGCCUAUAAAAUGGUCGGCUUCUUCGACAAAGCUGUCCACCCAAAUGUAUGCAAUCAGAGAAGACAACCCAAUCGUGCGGAAACCGCUGGACAUUUCCGCGUUUUUCUCGCGGAAGAGAAGAAGAAAACGCAAGCCUGCUUUCGCGAUUCUUCGCUCGGAUCCUCGGGCGGCCCUGUUCUCGACCCGAGUGAAGGAUUUUCUCAGUGAAAAUCGGUGCAAAAUCCGGUUUUUCAUGACUUGGAUUUCUUCGGUGGGCUCAUUUGGAGACAGAGAACUGUUUGCUGUGCAGAGCUUGUUCAAUUCUCACCCCAAUGGCUGCUUGAUCAUCGUCUCCAACUCGAUGGAUUCGAGAAGAGGAAUGGCCGUUCUAAGGCCGUUCCUGGAAAAGGGCUUUCAUGUCGCUGCAAUUUCGCCUGAUUUCAAUUAUCUCUUCCAACACACAGCGGCUGAAGCUUGGUUUGAUCGGCUAUGGCGAGGAAAUGUGCGUCCAGGUGAAGUUUCCUUAGGCCAAAAUCUCUCAAACUUACUCAGACUCGCUUUGUUGUACAAAUUUGGAGGCGUUUAUAUCGACACAGAUGUCAUAGUCUUGAAGAGUCUGGGUCAAUUGAGGAAUGCCAUUGGAGCUCAAACCAUUGAUCUUGAGACCGGGAAAUGGAGCAGAUUGAACAAUGCUGUGAUGGUGUUCGAUAAAGGCCAUCCUUUGGUACUCAAAUUUAUCGACGAAUUUGCGCUCACAUUCAAUGGCAACAAGUGGGGCUACAAUGGGCCUUACUUGGUUUCAAGGGUUGUUUCAAGGAUGAGGGGAGAACUCAAUCCCGGGUUCGACUUCUCUGUCCUGCAUCCCAUGGCGUUUUACCCGGUUGAUUGGAGCCGAAUCCAUGGCCUGUUUCGGGGGCCUAGGAAUUCAACUCAUUCUAAAUGGUUGCAGGGGAAGUUGCAUCACAUUCGCACCCAGAGCUACGCGGUUCAUCUCUGGAAUAGGCAAAGCAAGAAGCUUCGGAUUGAAGAAGGAAGUAUAAUAAGUCAUAUAAUGUCGGAUUGCUGUGUAUUGUGCAACUCUUCAGCAUCAAAUUUGUAAGCAAAGGAAAUAAGAAUGGAAUGGUAGUUUUUGCUUUCUCUAUGGACCAACUCGGUCCAUGCCGCCAUUUUCCUAGCAACCAAACAAUAACAUGUUCUUGAUUACCAUCGUCAAGUGUUUCAUCUCAUUAUGUAGUAGUAGUAGUUGUAUUUGUUGCAAGAUCAGAAAUGGCCAACAGAACAGCCAUUCUUUGAAAUCUUCGUACGCCUGUUUCCAUGAUUUAGAUGUUUAAGGGCCUGUUUGGCUAAGCAUUUUGUAUUGCCUGCUCAG